UAGAAAGGUACCGCAGCGGCUAAAUAAAAUAUGUAUAUUCCAGAAUGCACCGACGGAUGCAAUGCGGUCGGGCAAGACAAUAAUCGAAUUCAGACGUUGAUCAAAUUCUCAUCACGGAACGAUCGAGAUUUAUUAAUUUCUUCAUGGCGCAAUAUAAAGCACGCGUUACUAACCGAGAUAAUCGAUCUACCUGAGACAAUCGUGUUAGCCGAGCCGGGAUUAAAAGGCAGAGCGAUACCUGUGAUAUCGGAGUCGGAAACCGUUGCCCCGAUUAGAUACGGUCCUGGCUCGUACGAUGUCGCGAAGAGGGAUUGGCGGGAUCAGGGAGGCCGGAGAAGGCCGCGGAGUUUCGGGAGAAAAACCGGCGCGGCAGUGGUGGUGAUGGAGGCGGCGGCGGUGAAGGUGAAGGGGGACACGAUAGCGCGCCGCUCUUGAAAUCGGCGCGGGUCGCCGGCGUGUUACUAUGCUACGGUGCCGCCCUCGACGGUGAUCCACGCGAGGAUCGAUGAUCAACACGCGCGGAUCCCGGCGAAAGGGGUGUAGCCGCGAUCUAACGGAUGUUCACCCGGAUGACUGCGACGACGACCUGCCCGACCUGCCUUAGAAGUGUCACAAUGUUACAUAUUUCCAUGGAAGGCAUCCUCGCCGUAGACAGCAAGGAUAAUACUGUCGCACGAUAAGCGACGAAAAUGAUAAAUAUUUCCCUCUUAAUCGGAAAUGACAAUUCUCAUCUCGCGUUUUUCAAUA